UCACACGUCAAAAUAAGGCUGUCAAAGAUCAACAACUACAGGAAUUUUUUUUAUUCCAAAAAAAUAUGUUCUCUGUAGAGACAGUACAAACUUUAGUUUGUCGAAUUAGUGUUUGAAAAAACCCCAAAGGUUAAUUCAAUUCCAAGUUCAAUACCCGAUGAAUCUUCGAUAGUUUUAACGAUUCUUUGCAUUAAUUUGAAAAUGAAAUAAUUUUUUUUGGGGUGCGGUUCAAAAUACAAAUCCGAAUUUCGUCUUCUACUGACUCGGUUGGAAAUGAAAACAAAUUUGUUAUCAGCUGGUGAAUGAAAAAAUUUAAUUGUUUUUCGAGGAAAUUGCAUUACAUUGUCCGACUGUGUGAGUUAAGAGUCACAAUCACAGUUCAGAAAGUUACUGAUUAAUUUUGACCGACCGAAAAUGAUGGACAAAAAUCGUUAGGUGGACACAUUCCUGAAACAACAAACCAAAUAUAAUGUCUCGGCUAGCAGAUUAUUUUGUGAUUGUCGGAUAUGAUCAUGAUAAAGAGAGAAGUGGAAAUUGUACGGGUAAAAUAUUGCAACGUUUUCCCGAAAAGGACUGGCCGGACACACCGUUUAUCGAAGGCAUAGAAUGGUUUUGUCAACCACUCGGAUGGUGUCUGUCCACCGAGAAACAGGAACCGAAAUUUUUCGUUUCGGUUCUCACCGACAUCGAUGCAAAUCGGCAUUAUUGCGCUUGUUUGUGCUUCAAUGAGACCGUUUCGAUAACACCGAGUAAACCUGUUGAUGAAGAAGAGGAGAAUCUUACACCCGGUCGACCAAUGAUCAGUUCUGCCGCAUCCACCAAUACAGCCACCAUAACACAUCACAGUAUUAUGUACGCUCCAAAGUGCUUGGUACUGGUGUCACGACUGGAUUAUGUGGAAACGUUCCGGAAUUGUCUGGGCACCAUUUAUACGGUUUACAUUGAAAGCUUGUCGUACCCACUGGAAACGUUGAUUGGCAACAUUUUAGGUUGCAUUCAAGUACCUAAUGCUGGUGGUCCACAAGUAAGAUUUUCAAUCGGUGCAGGUGACAAACAAGCAAUGCAGCCUCCAUUGUCAUCAUCUUUACCGGUCACUGGAAUAUCCGUUAGUUCUCUAUUCCAGCAAUUAGGCAUCAAAAAUGUAAUGCUGCUAUUUUGUGCGGUGAUGACCGAACACAAGAUUUUGUUCCACUCCAAAAGUUUCACCAGGCUAACAGAAAGUUGCAGAGCCCUGACAGCACUAAUGUAUCCAUUUCGCUACAGUCACGUUUACAUUCCAAUCUUGCCGGCACCAUUAGUCGAAGUUCUAUCCACUCCAACUCCAUUCAUCAUGGGUGUGCACAGUUCAUUGCAAACCGAAAUCACGGACUUAUUGGAUGUAAUCGUUGCUGACAUUGACGGCGGAUCCAUUAACAUCCCCGAAUCAUUGGUACCGCCGGUAUCGACGCUACCGCCAGCCAUUUGGGAUGCCACUCAAAAUGCUUUGACAAUGGUCUUGCAACCGCAUUUAAGCACCGCCGAUAUGGCAUUCACUCAACCACCAUCCACUCAACUCAAUGCGAAAUCUCAGCUGAUGCAAGAUAAAGAAAUUCGUGCCGUGUUUAUGAGAAUGUUCGCACAACUGUUGCAAGGAUAUCGGUCUUGUUUGACACUGAUACGGAUCCAUCCGAAACCGGUGAUAACAUUUCACAAAGCCGGCUUCCUGGGAGCUCGGGAUCUUGUCAAUUGUGAUUUUUUGCUACGUGUACUUGAUAGUAUGUUCUUUACCGGUUUCGUUACGGAACGUGGACCACCUUGGAGACCAUGCGACGCAUGGGACGAGUUAUAUAGUGCCAUGACCGAUCUCACUCGAACGGAAAAUCAAAAUCCGAAAUUGAUUUUAGUUCACAUACAAGAGUUAGCCCAGAUAUUAUACACCAACGAAAAUCCUAAUUCACAAGUGUACACACAAAAAGUGCUUCGACCACCUGAAGGCGCCUAUUCGCGCAUCCACCAACCGCCAAUGAAUCAAAUCAACGGUCAGCUAGUCCAAGAAAUCAUCAACGAAGGGCUGUCAAAAAGUGAAAUACAGUCGCGCUUCCUUGGCGUUCGCACUCCUCCGCGUAUCGUUCCUUCCGGGCCAAGUUUGCAGACCAUAUCAGACGGUCGUUCAAUAGUGAACAAUACUGUACGUCGGUUAGAAGUACUUAAAACAUGUGUCAACUGUAUAUUCGACAAUAAGAUUGCUGAUGCGAGAAAAAGUUUUCCAGCUGUGAUGAGAACCCUGAAGCAGCGAGAUGCCCGUUUGACAUUGUGCCGUGAAUUGUCUAGAACGGUGCAAGGGAACAAGGCUGUGCUUGAACAUCAACAAUUUGAUUUAGUUGUCAAAUUAAUGAACCGUGCUUUACAAGAUGAUACAACGAUGGACGAACACGGUGUCGCUGCUGCACUGUUGCCAUUAUCAACGGCAUUUUGCAGGAAACUGUGUACCGGAGUGAUUCAGUUCGCCUAUACGUGCAUACAGGACCAUCCCGUAUGGAAGAAUCAACAAUUCUGGGAGGCAGCAUUCUACCAAGACGUUCAGACGCAAAUUAAAGCAUUGUAUUUGCCACGAACACCGUCACUGGACAACAACUAUCCGUACAGGAUGGGUGGUGAGUCGAAUGAGAGUCGCGAAAAACUGAGCCCAUCGAAUACAAAAUCGAUGAUGGAAUACCGACUGUCAUCACUGUCCCGAUCACAAGAACCGUCCGCACUGGAAAUAGCUGCUGAACAAAUGAGAUUAUGGCCGAACAUGGAUGCAGCUAAGCAACAAGAAUUGGUUUCGUCCGAAGAAUCAACACUGUAUAGUCAGGCGAUCCACUACGCUAAUCGAAUGGUAUCGCUACUGAUACCACCAGAUGUGAAUAGUGGCGGAAAGGUGAAAAAAAUCGACCAUCAUUUGGAUGAUGACACAAGUGUUUCGAAUAGCGUUGUUGAAUCUCACAGUCACAGCGACACCCAUUCUGACGAAGGAUUCGAAGAAAGCGAUCCCGGUGAAACAGGCAACAUUGUAGCGAAGAUGGUAUCGAAAUUCCUAGAUUCCGUGUGCACUGAAGGACAAUGCACUGCUGAACAUGUACGAAAUCUUCACGCAAUGGUGUCGGGCGUAGUGCACAUGCAUAUCGAAACUUUAGAUGCUGUUCAUCGUGAGUCGAAACGAAUACCACCAAUUCAAAAGCCAAAAAUUCAAAAACCGACGCUUUUGAAUGGCGAAGUGUUUAUUGGCGAGUCAAUGCGUGUAUAUUUGCUGUCCGACGGACGUGAAGAUGGUACGUCACCAUUGUUGCCAGCAGAAGGUGCUUUGUUCCUAACAAACUAUCGUGUAGUAUUUCGGGGAUCUCCUUGUGAUCCUUUGGCCUGCGAACAGAGUAUAGUUCGUUCAUUUCCGGUGUCAUCGUUAACCAAAGAGAAACGCGUGAACGUUUUAUAUUUACCGCACUUGGAUCAAGUACUACCCGAAGGUUUGCAAUUACGUUCGUGUACAUUUCAAUUGCUCAAAGUUGCUUUCGACGAAGAAGUGACACCCGAAAGCAUCGAAUCGUUUAGGAAAUCAUUAAACAAAGCCCGAUACCCGGACGAUGAGUUCGGGCAUUUUGCAUUUUCUGCGUAUGGUAUUACAGCACAAACGCCACCUCACAAAGUCAAGGAGAAGAACGCAACUCUCAAAGGAUUCGCCAAAAAGACUCUCUUGAGGACGGCAAAAAAGGCAGGCUUCAAGCAGAAAGGAGCUACGAAACGAAAAUACGUUUUGUCCGGCGUUGAUUUUGAGGACACGCAUAAUGUGAACGAACACAAUGAAGAGGAUGACGAUUCCGACGAAAAUGUAGACACAAUGCCUAGAGUGACGAUCAAAGAUGUGGAACGGUUGAAAGAGCGUAGCUAUGUGAAAGAUUGGCAACGAAUCGGUUUCGGCGAACCAUCAUCAUGCUACCGAAUUUCAACCGUUAACUGUAAUUACAGUUUGUGCCGAACAUAUCCCGCCAUCAUUGUUUGUCCAACGAGUAUAUCCGAUGAGUCUCUGCGAUCGUUGGCUCGUUGCUACAAAAACCAAAGAAUAUCGUUGCCAACGUGGCGUCAUCGAAAUGGAGCCGUUUUAUUGCGGGGCGCUGUACCACAUGCAAAAGGUGUUAUGGGUAUGCUGAAGGGCCAUCCACAUUCGGCUAAUACAACAACUGAUUCAACAACAGGCCAUCAAGAACAAGACCGAUACUUCAUUACGAUCAUCGAAAAUAUGCCGCAUACCAUGACAGUUAAAUAUCCGUGGGAGUUAUCCGACUCAAAUUUAAGUAUAAACUCGCUUCUACUUGCUGCUGAGGAUCAUCAGAUCGCGGGAAAAAGUGACUUUUCCACUUUAACGCCGGAUACGAAUCGGAAAACUAACUCUGCAUUUCACAGCGUAAAAUCGUUUUCCAGUUUUACCGCCCGACCUUUGUAUGGAAAGAACAAAAGAUCAUCGCUGAAAACCGGUGCCAAUCAAUUGAGAGAUAUCAAUGAACGGGACAGUCUCCAGUACACAUUUCAACGAGUUCCACUAUACUUUUUGGGUGAAAAAUCUCAAUCCAAAUCGGCACGACUAUCGGAAAUGUUCACCGAAUUUAUUCCAGUUGACUAUACAGACGUGCGUCAUUCCCGUAGUGCGUUCAAGAAACUCAUGCGCACUUGUCUUCCAUCAGUAGUUAAUAAUGAACCAGACCAAACGUUUGCUAAGCUGCUUGAACAGUCUGAGUGGCUGCAACAAAUUCGUGGAUUAUUGCAAUUAUCCGGAGCUGUUGUGGAUUUAAUAGACUUGCAAGGAUCGAGUGUCACGUUAGCUCUAGAAGAGGGCUGGGACGUUACCGCUCAAGUCUCAUCUUUGGCUCAACUUUGUCUUGAUCCAUUUUACAGAACCAUCGAAGGUUUUCGCGUUUUAAUUGAGAAGGAGUGGCUAGCAUUUGGUCACCGCUUCGGACACAGAAGUAAUUUGAAGCCUAACAGCAGUUCCAGUUCGCCAUUCGCACCAACGUUCCUACAAUUUCUUGACUCGGUCCAUCAAAUUCAAGCUCAAUUUCCAUUGGCAUUUGAAUUCAACGAGUUCUACCUACGGUUCCUUGCAUAUCACAGUGUUUCAUGCCGGUUCAGAACGUUCCUUUUCGAUUGCGAAUUGGAACGGUUCGAUUUGGGCAUAUCGGCCAUUGAGGACAAACGCGGAUCUUUGAAUUCGAAGCAUGUCGUGGAGACAUUUACCGGUUCUGAUGAUGACACAAUUUAUCCAGGCGGGAUACGUAAUACGGGGUCCAACUCUCACAAAAUUGGUUCGUCCAUUUUCGAUUACAUCGACAGGCAACAUUCAAAAUGGCCAAUUUUCUACAACUUUAUGUACACCGCCGAUCCGGAUAGACAAAUUCUACGCCCACAAAGCUCUGUUGCUGUGUUAGAGUUAUGGCGCUUUUAUGUAGAUGAAGAAUUGGCUCAAGGUCCACCAUAUGACCCAGAACUGCUCAGCACUGAUAUCAUUGACGAUGAAGCCGAAUUAUGUGGGAAACAACUUAGACGGAAAGUCGUUACAGUCGGCUAUGACAGCAUGGACAAAAGUGAUCCGGAUGCAUUUUCGAGAUUGUUGGAAGAGCUACGGCAUGCUGAAGCGGAGCGUGGUCUAUUACCUCAAAAAUGGAGACAAGUUUGGGACAAAUUGGAAUUACCUCAUUCAGAUUCGUUGACCCGACACGCUUCAUUUUCAUCAGCUUUAGUACGUUCGCAUGGUCGUUUACUGCAUAAACGAUCAACAUUAGAAAUUUUAAUGCGCGGCCGCUUGUCCGGCCAUCAUCAAGAAAGUUUCUCCCAUCCACACAGAUUCGAAAAGCAUUCAUAUACGACACCUACCCACUGCAAUCACUGUGAUGGAGUUUUGUGGGGUCCCAUGUGGACCGGAUUAAGGUGUAUGGACUGUGGAAAUUCAUAUCACGAAAAAUGUUCGGAUUCUGUGCCGAAGAACUGUACCAAAUACAAGGCGGUUGAAGGUGUGCCACAGACAUUAACCAGGUCACAAGGUGAUAACGGUAGUAUCGCAUCGAGUGCAAACACUGGCCAAACAUCCAGUCAGCAUUUCUACGAACAAUUCAGCAGCAACGUUGCCGAAAAUCGAACGCACGAAGGUCAUUUGUAUAAACGGGGCGCUUUACUGAAAGGAUGGAAACAACGUUGGUUCGUUUUAGAUUCGAUAAAACAUCAACUUCGUUACUACGACGCCAUGGAGGAUUCGAAUUACAAAGGACUCAUCGAAUUGGCAGAAGUACAAUCGGUACAAUCGGCUCCUCCUGCCCAAGUUGGAACGAAAAAAGUGGAUGAAAAAGCCUUUUUUGAUCUAAAAACGAGCCGUCGAACGUACAAUUUUUAUGCACUUGACGCGAGUAUGGCACAAGAAUGGAUUGAAAAAAUUCAAGCCUGUCUUCAAUAGGCGGUAUGAUGAUGGUCAACAAUUUUGUAUUCUGACUUUGUUUUCUUACAUAACUUAUUUAAAUGUAAAUUAAAUAUUUUAAAGAAAUGUAUAGCGUACAACCAUACCUAUUGAAUACUGAUAGUUGUAAUAAAACACAAUUUUAUUUAAAAAAACAAA